AUGCACACACUUGCAAGAACAAGUGUCGUCGUCGACUGUUCACUUACAACUCGGGUCUUGCACUCAUGCUGUCCGUGCUAUAGCCAUCACAAGGUGCCGUCUCGCUCUAUCCACUCUCUUACUAACCCAGUCGAAUCGUCGCCCACAGCAGCCUUGCUUGCGUGGCGACUAACUACCUCCCACCACGUGUCUGUGGUCUGGAACCAGGUUACCGAGGCCAACGCGGCCUACGGCGUGUCCAUGCAGAGCCAGCAGCUCGGCAACACCCGGUUCCGACCGCAGGUCGUGGCUUCCACCGUCCAGGAGGCGUUCCAAAAGGCCGAGCAGAAGCCCUUUGACUUUGUCAUUGUCGCGCCCCAGUCGCUCAAACAACUCAACUCGCUCCACAAGCUCAUCAAGCCCUACAUCCACAAACACACCUGCGUCAUUGUCGACUCCUCGCUCUACGGCGUCAACCUGGAGUCGCUUGUGGCCCAGACGCUGCCCAACACCGCCGUAUACUCGCUGACGUGCACCGCAGACGUGCGACGAAUCUCCCCCACCGAGUUUGCUCACUUUGGCCCCUCUACCACCACCUAUGUGGGUCGAUGCGUGCCCCAGGAGGGUUUCCAGUCCCGAGAGGCGGACCAGCUCAUCCGGUCGUUCACCGUGGGACUGCAAUCUGCCGGCCUCGACGCCUCCUUUUCAUCCAACGUGCUGCAGUACCAGUGGGAUCGAGCCAUCCCUGCGCUGUCGUUCCAGCCCUUGACCAUUCUUCUGGAGAGCCCCGUCCCCGCAGAGUUUGUGCAGGACAUGCUGGCUCGGCCGCUCUUCUACGGUAUCAUGGCAGAGCUGAUCCAGAUUGCCGCUGCACAAAACGUGCAAGUGAACCGAAACGUGGACGAGUUCGAGAAGACUGCGCUGGAGGAGUUUCUCAAGGAUGCACCCAAGCAUGCGGCCGCCCCCUACACCCACGCACCUCUACUGUUCUACAACUACUUCAACAAGUUUGAGUUCCCCGUCGACGUGUUUCUGCUGCAGCCCAUUCUUCUGGCCGACGACCUGGGUAUCAAGACACCCUACCUCGAGUCGCUCUUCACCAUCAUGACACAGUACGCCCGCUUCAACAACACCAGCGGCGACGAAAAAUCCAGUAUAUUCUUCACCCGACGCGGCGCACGCGGCUCCAACUCUGGCAACUCGUCCUCGUCGGAUCUUCCUCUUGCCACAUCUUCACCUGUGGCGCUCAAAAAGCCCACCACACCCGCUCUGAACGGCCAUGCGCAGGGUCACGCAGCCACUCCCGACUCCAAUGGUUCUCCUGCCCUGGACGUGAACGAGUACGCCGGCAUUGCCUCUUACACUGAGUCUCCUCAGCAGAAGCAGCAGACACAGCAGCUCAAGGACAAGGAGGAGGCUCUUCGACAGCGAGAGGCAGCUCUUGCAGCUCGAGAACGGGCUCUGCAGAAUGGCGAGGCCAACAUGCAGCAUCAUCAGCAGCAUAUGCACCAUCCCAGCCAGAGCGGUCCCUCCGGUCCUGGCUCCCAUUUCCCCGGGGGACCUGGUCCCUACGGUCACGGCCCCGGUCCUCAGUACGGCGGACCUGGACCCAACGGUCCCGGAGGCCCCGGUCCUGGACCUGGUCCCAACCCCUACAUGAACGGCGGCCAUCCCAACAUGAGCAUGCCCGCACUCAACUCGCUUCCCACAUCACCGUCAUUUGUGCAGAAGUUUGAAGCCGGUGCACACGGUGCCCCCUUCCUGCAGUCGCGGGCAGCGUCCUACUCGCAGCUGCGGGACUACAACACCGGCGUGGACGGCCCUUACAAGACGGGCGGACAACCAAUGCAGCACAACAAGAGCAUGGACGAUGGCCAGUCGGUGAUGGGCGACACUUCGAUGAUGUCUGGCGACGUGGACAUGAUGUCCAUGACCGCCAAGCGCAACAAGAACCGAUCUAGACACUCGUACUCCCGUGGGCAAUCCUCCCAGACACAUCUGCCCAACGUCAAGAGCAUGAGCCAGAACGGAGACUUUCGUGGCCACGACACGCCCUUCGACACGGGCAUUGCUGACUACGUGAGCGCAGUCACCUACAGAGCCCCCACCAUGACCGGCUACCCCAGCCAGGAGUUUGGUCCCCAGUCGCGUAACAAUUCGUUCAGCUAUGGGCGAACCUCAUCCAUGGGCGUGGGUAUGGCCGGAGGCGGUAUGGGAAUGCACUCCUCGGUACCUCCCGGAGGACGACGAAACACCAACAGCAUGCCACCGCAGCAGAAGCAGCCGUUCCGGCCCAUUGGGCCCAAUUCCAACUCGUCCUCCAGCAAUGUUGAGAGCGGGAGCGACAAGUCGCUGCCGUGA